AAUUCAAUCGGUCUUCUGGUUCUCCCAAUCCUCCAUUAAUUCUUCAAUUUAUUUAAUUUUUUUAAAGCAAUUCUUGAAUUCCAUAUGGGUACAUUUGGCAUUGCCAUUGCACUUCUAGUGCUACCAAUAAUUUUAGAAAACCAAAUUGUAUGCGGGAAGCAAAUCAUUUACAGGUUGAAGAAGUGUGAUAUUUACCAAGGAGGAUGGGUUUAUGACCCUAAUUCUUACCCUCUUUACGAUUCUAGUCUUUGCCCCUUCUUAGAUCAUGCUUUCGAUUGCCAGAAAAAUGGUCGAGCCGACGAACUCUAUCUCAAAUAUCGAUGGCAACCCUAUUCAUGUAAUUUACCAACGUUUGAUGGUGAAGAUUUCUUGGAGAGAUUUAGAGAUAAACGCAUCCUGUUCGUUGGAGACUCGUUAAGUCUGAACCAAUGGCGAUCGCUCACGUGCAUGAUUCAUGCAACUUCACCUCAGUCCGGUUAUACCAUCAAGAGGAUAGGCGGAAGCUCUACGUUCACAUCGAAGAGUCACAAUGUUUCUUUGAUGCUAUCACGCAACGCAUUUCUGGUUCGCAUUGAUCAACAGAGAUAUGGUAGGGUUUUGAAACUCGACUCUAUCGACCCUGCGGAUGGGAAAUUAUGGAAAGAAUAUGAUGUUUUGAUCUUCGACACUUGGCAUUGGUGGCUCCACGCUAGCAGGAAACAACCGUGGGAUUUUAUUCAAGAUGGAAAGACUUUACAUCGAGAUAUGAAUCGUCUUGUUGCUUAUGAGAAAGCUUUGAAAACUUGGGCUCGUUGGGUGGACAAAAAUGUUGAUACUAAGGAAACCAAAGUCUUCUUCCAGAGUAUUUCACCGAGUCAUUGGAAUGCAAGUCAGUGGGGAUACCCAGAGGGGAGGAACUGCACAGCAGAAAGAAAGCCACUAGUAGUAGCAUACCCAAGAAGCAAACACCCAGCAGAAGUGAUUUUGGAAAAAGUGCUUAGUGACAUGUCGAAGCCAGUGGUUUUGCUUAACGUGACAGGGCUAUCACAGCUGAGGAAAGACGGUCACCCAUCUAUAUAUGGCAAUGGAGCACACCUUGGCAUGGACUGCACCCAUUGGUGCCUCCCUGGAGUUCCUGACACAUGGAACCAGCUGUUGUACACUGAGCUCAUUCGAAAUUAAAAUAAAUAUUGAUUAAUUACUUUGUAUUUUCAUAUAUAAUAAAAGUGGUUUGAUGCUAAUUGUAA